AUGGAGAAGGGGAAGGGGUCCAAGAAGAAAGGUUCCUCCUUCCAGACGGUCUCCGCCCUGGCCCGGACCAUGAAGGAGGAGUUUGGGCGGCUGAAGGAGGCCCUGGAGAAGUCGGAGGCCCGGCGGAAGGAGCUGGAGGAGAAGAUGGUCUCGCUGCUGCAGGAGAAGAACGACCUUCAGCUCCAAGUGCAGGCCGAGCAGGACAACCUCGCCGACGCCGAGGAGCGCUGCGACCAGCUGAUCAAGAACAAGAUCCAGCUGGAGGCCAAGGCGAAGGAGCUGACGGAGCGGCUGGAGGACGAGGAGGAGAUGAACGCCGAGCUGACGGCCAAGAAGAGGAAGCUGGAGGACGAGUGCUCGGAGCUGAAGAAGGACAUCGAUGACCUGGAGCUGACUCUGGCCAAGGUGGAGAAGGAGAAACACGCCACCGAGAACAAG